AUGACAGAAGCAAGACAUUUACCUACAUUGAAAUAUGCACCUGCUAUACCAAAUAUGAUGGCUCUUGAAAAUACAAAUACUGAAGAUUUUGAUAAUGCUGUCAAAGUUAAAAUUAUAAAAGAAACAGUUGAAACUAGCCAAUCAGCUAUUUUAAGAUUAUUUCAAGAAAGAUUUCAAUCUUUUAAUAAUCCUAAUACCUAUGAAGCCCAAAUUCAUCUACUAUUAUUAGGUAUAGCAAAUAAUAAUGCACAAAUAUUAGGAACUUUUAAAACUCAUUUAUCAGCAGAUAUUAAUGAAUUUUUUAUUUUAUUAAAAAAUAUAUGGCUUGAGUGUUCUAGUUUAUAUGUAGAUCAAAACUCUGAUCAAGCACAAUCAAAGAAAAAAUUAUUUACAAAGCAAAAUAACAAUGUUCAAAGUUCACAGCCUGCUAGCAAUAUUCUACAAUUUAUGGUUUCACAACCAGCAUUCCCCUUAUAUGAUGAAAUGCAAAAAUUAUUUCAAGCUAUAAUUGAUAAACAAAAUACUAAAUAUAAAGCUAAGAUGGAAAAAUUGAAAGCUGAGUUUGAAUCAAAAAUGAGUCAACAACUCAAAAAAUCCCAUUCUCCAGUUUUACCCAAAGAUCAUAAACAAAUACAUGAAUUUUAUGCAGAUCAAAGAGAUCCUAGAUGA